AUGACUCUGCGGCUCCUGGAGUCAGGUAGGAGAGUCAGAGAGGGAGGGGGGAUUUUCCACAUGGUCAUUUACACUUUUGUAAUCUGAGUCAAAUAUAGAAAGUAGAAAAUUUUGGGUCAUUUAUGUGACCAGAAGACUGGAUUUAAUGAUCCUCUCCUCUUUUUUUGUAGGGUUGGUAGUGCCAGCCUUCAUCUUGAUCUAUGGAGUAACAGCUCCCUCUAGUGGUUGCUUGUUCUUUUAACCCAGUAGAACACACAAUGAGGCGUCUACUAUAAGGGUUCUUUACCAUGAUAAAAACAUCAGUAAAGUCUAAACCAACGGAAGGAUCGUAACAUUAUUUUGUCAUUGCUGUUAAUCAUUUCAACUGGUAUAAAUGUAGAAAUCUUUGUUUUCUUUUAUAGUUAAGAGACAAAAUAAAUUGAGGUUAAAAGCCCCGACUGAGUGUGUUUGUAUGAUAAAGAUUCACCUUCAGUCUGCGGGACCAAAAGUCAAUCAUCGACUUCUACAAGCCUGCCAAUCAGAGGACUUGGAGGCAAGCCAUCGUACAAGAAGACCAAUGGAAAAACACGCUGUCCCCCACAGAGUCAGGAACAAACAUUUCAACAUUUAUGGGUCAAUAUUCAUCAGUAAGUUUGGCUUUGGAAAGAUGAGGCAUGUGUCACUUUUUGGGUGUCUUUGUAAGUAUUUGUGACAUUCUAGUUUUCUCGAACCACUUUAUUUACACGCUCUCUUAAGCUGCACCCUAACCUUUACUCUGUGACUCUGUUUUUUUAGGGCUGUUUGUCCACGUCUACUUGGUGAACUCCGAAAAUGUUUCCGAUAAAACUUCAUCGCACAGUGAGUGUUUUUCAACAACAACAACAACAAAAGGCACCAGGUUGGCUUUGUAAAACAAUCAAACUUCUACGGCAUGAAGCAACACAAGAAAGCGGACCUCCUCUGUUUUGACUCGCCUCCGAUCAAAACAACCACGGCUGACCAGUCAGACAAAGCCCCAGCUGAGCAUGUUUGAAUGGGCUAGCACAUAUUUCUACGUCACUCAGACAGGAAUGCAGUUGAAAACACAUUCCACCAGACGCCGUGAUUUUAGCGUGAGGUCAUGGAAAAGGUCUGAUUGGCUUUAACGCCCCCGUCAGGACUGAUGAUUGUAACCUUUGAUAGCAAUCUAAUCUCGAGGUAAAGAUUUAAGAAAUAGAGGAUAGGUAGAUGUCCAGAGGCGCUCUGGUUUUUGCCGUGGCGAGGAUACUUCUGUCCCUAGCAACUCCUUACGUUCUGAAAAGUAGUCAGACACUCUUAUCACCAAACAACAUUCAGUGGGACCAAGACAAACAUAUAAACUGACAGUAAAAAAAUUAAAGUGCUUAUCAAUUUGAAAUAAUGUCAUCAGGUUGUACUAAAUGAACCGAAAACGUCCUUUUUUGUGGCAUUAGCUGUUGAGCUUCAGGACACCAGCCCCAGAGAGAAACCUGUGGAAAUAGUAGCAACACAGAUGACAGUCUCUCCAACCUGGUACCUCAGUGUGGGGGACACUGUGGAGAUCAACUGCUCUGUGAUUGAGGACAAAGGAAACUACAGUCACAACAUCAAUCUGCUUCUGAUCUGGACCAAGAUGGGCUCUACAGAAAAGACAAAGACGGUUUGGGGAAUGACCGAAUCAGAUUAGACAGAAAGCGUCCUCAAUACUCUGAUAUAUCGUUUAUUCAGUGCGUUAGACUCAAGUGGAUUAUCAAACAUGACAUCUACUCUUCUCUAACAGGUCCUCAUGAGUCAGAGAGCAUCCACAGGGAUCAGCUAUGUCCUAGGUCCGGUUACCCAUGAGCACCAGGGAAUGUACUCCUGUGACGAUGAUGGCAGUUUGCCCGAUGUUUUUGUGAAUAUGUGGCACCGUAUAAUCUGGGUGGCUGGUUAGCAGUGUUUAUUAUGUUUUCAAGAUACACUAAGGAAUGUUACGGCCAUAAUAACUGGUUGUUUUAUUAAUUCAUGUGGUAUCUAUAAAUACUCAACGCACAGAUGCUUUUCCAAGUGCCUCUGCAGACGUUAUCAGCCACAACAGGAGCCAGUUCUUCAGCAAUGAGAGGUUCACUCUGGGCUGCCAGUUGCCUGACCCGAACACCCAGUGGAAGAUGAUGAGGUUGGUUUGGGCCGUGAGGCUACCGGAUGAAUUGGCAAAAAGUUUAAAAUCUAACGCACAAACUGAAGAUGUCAACAAACUGAUUGUCAGACCACUAUCACGAUCCCAUCCACACCACUAACAUGAUCUAUGAGAUCUAUGAGGGAUUAGCAUUUUUGUUUUUUCCCUCAAAGGUAUGACCAAUAUUGGGGGACUAUCACAGCGUGUCCUGAUCAGGACUCUUCACGUCGUGGUCUGACCUGCACCUCCAGUUCGCAGUAUCCCUGGUCAGACAUUUUGUAUUGGUGUGAAAGUCCAACAGGAGAGAGAAGCAACGCCCUUAAUAUAACUACCACAGGUACACACCACUUGUGGUCCAGUUUAGUGUGGAAUAGAAACUCAGACGGUUCAAGCCUCAAGUGUAAGGUGACCAGACAUCCCCGAUUUCCGGGGACAAUCCCUGUAUUGGAUGACCUGCUCCCGGCAACAGCUGUCCCCGGAAACUUAAUAAUUGAGAACAAAAAUGUUACAUGUAGACCAGAACAACGGUUAUCACGGUAGCCGAGUAGAUAGGAAGCACGAGUACGAAUGUUGCGCACAGUCCUGAACAACAGUUUUUACGGAGAGUUAUUACGGGGAUGUUGUCGAGAUGUUGUCUGUGAUCACGCAACCCAUGUCCCCGCAUUUCAUUACAGAAAUCUGGUCACCUUACUCAAGUGUCUGAUAUAUUUGAAAUGUACACAAAAACUACUUCACAUUUUUAGCUUGUAACCAGCAGAAACGACAACCAAAGUUAGGGUGUCUGUGCAAAACCAACAUUAGCUCCAUCAAGUGAAAACUACCCAGCUAUUUCUUUCUUGUUGAGAGCACAAAGAGGCGGAGAGGAAUCUGGGAACCAAUCAGCAUUCAUCCAAUGCCAACUUAGCUAGGGUGACCAUAUUCUGAAUCCCCAAUAAGAGGACACUGCUCCGUGGGGUGGAGUUGCGGAGUUGCGCACAGUAAAUUUUGAGGGUUUUCUGGGUUGGGUCGAGUAUUUUUCAUGUGCAAACACAAAACUUCCAUACAAAACCGCAGACAUUUGAAGGAUUUUAUAAAUUCCCCCAGACAGGCCGGACGGACAACAAAAAAGAGGACAUGUCCGGGUAGAAAAGGACGUAUGGUCACCCUAACUUAGCUUUUCCAUUUUGGUCUUUUUGUCCAGAGUUAUCAGUGAACAGCAUCACAGCACCAAAGGCUCAGGUCAUUGGGUUUGUGUCUGUUUGAUUUUUCUACCUUACUUGAACUGUUCUCACACUGUUUGUUUUAAAGUUAUGAAUAUUUUUAAACUUGAUACACAUUUGUUUAAACUGUCCUUCUUCCCACAGUUGGUGUCAAUGUGACCUUGGAGAGUCCACCACUUCCUGUGUUAGAGGGGGAGGAUGUUCUGCUGCGCUGUUUACACCGAAAUGAAACCACAAAACAAAUAACCUCCAACUUCAGAGCAGUUUUCUACAAGAAUAAACGUCGGAUCAGGUAAAUCCGUCAGAAGUUGUUGCCCUGUGUAUAGAUGGUGUUCGCACAUAUAUAGGUCAGAUAUGAGGCUGUUGGAGAAUGUGGAGAGCAAUCCUUGAUGCCAAGGUUGGUCGAAUUCCAUUCUUAGUGAAUUCAUCCCUGACUUUGUCUCCUUUGUGUGAUUGUGUCUCAGGAUUCAAACUCAGGGAAACUUGACUCUGUCAGCUGUGACCAAAGCUGACGAGGGGAUGUACAUGUGUCGCCACCCAGAGGAGGGACCGUCACAUUACAGCUGGAUCACUGUCAAAAGUAAGAACUCUCACACAGACAUUUACAUGAAUGCAAACAGUUUUGAAGGACGGUGCUCAUUUUGUCCUGACCAGGUGACGAAGACCAGAAACUAUAG